AUGUAAAAUAAAAAACUAAAGUGGAAAUCUGAUUUCGAAAAAUCUGUGAUUAUUGAGAACUUUGUGAAUCGAGGGUGGAUUAAAUCAUAAGACAAAGAGGAGGAUUCUUCAGAUUGGAAUGUAUAUUGGGCGACUGUCUGGAAUGUGAGGAAUAUCUUCAAUCCAAAAAGUGGAUUUAGAUUGAAUGAUUAAUAAAUCAUAAAUCAUUUUCCAAAUCAUUAUGAACUAACAAGAAAAGAUUGCAUGGUUAAAAAUUUGAAGCGUUUUAAGAGGGAAUAGGAUAAAGAGACUUAUGAAUAAUAAGGGUGGAAUUUCGAUUUUUUACCAACCACAUAUGUUUUUCCAGGAGAGUAUUCCCUCUUUGUAGAAGAAUUUCAUCGAUGUCCAAAUUAAACAUGGAUUGUUAAACCAGCAGCAAGGAGUCAAGGAAAAGGAAUAUUCUUACUAAGAAAGAUUCAAUAAUUAAAGAAAAUUGCAGGAACCACAGUAACAAACAAUAUGACAUAACUUAAUCUUGCAUCUAAAGAAAAUUAUGUUGUUUCUAAAUACAUUGAUAAUCCACUCUUAAUUGGUGGCAAAAAGUUUGAUUUAAGAAUGUAUGUUUUAGUUACUAAUUAUAAACCACUAAAAGUAUGGAUCUACAACAAAGGAUUCGGGAGAUUUUGCAAUGAAUAAUAUACAACUGAUGUAGCUGAAAUUGAGAAUAUGUUUGUUCAUUUGACUAAUGUGGCCAUUUAAUAAUAUAGUGAUAAAUAUUCCCAAAAACAUGGUGGUAAAUACUCAAUAGAUGCACUCAAAUUUUAUGUUGAGUCAGCUUAUGGUACGGAAGCAUUCUAGAAAAUGAUGGAUGACAUUCACAGUAUUAUGUUGACAUCCUUGAAGUCAGUAUAAGCUGUAAUUCAGAAUGACAAACAUUGUUUUGAAAUGUAUGGUUAUGACAUCUUACUCGAUGCCAAUUUGAAGCCUUGGUUGAUUGAAAUUAAUGCUAGUCCCUCAUUGACUACAACAACUCCAGUAGACAAGAAUUUAAAAUUGAAUCUAAUUAAUGAUGUUUAUAAUAUUGUACUCCCAAAUGAUGAUUUUCCAGAUAAUGAAUAGAAAUAACAACAAAUAACCAAAGUAGGUGGUUUCAGCGUGUUAUAUGAUGAGAGUCUGGAUUUAAUGAAUCGUAAAGCUUAGAAAAGACAAAGUGUUAAAAUAUGGAAAUGAGCAUAUAUUUUCUAUAUUUAUACUAUUCUUUUUGUGCCAAAUAUUAUA